CGUCCGCUCUCGAUCGAUCUCUAAUAGGCGGACGAUCGGUGCGGGUAACAUUCUAUGCGGUCACACCCGCCCCUCGGCCUCCACUCCAAUCGACUGUCCAGAAAAGGGCUUUAUCGGAUACAUUUUUCAGUGGAUUCCCGGAACUUGUCCUAUUCGGAUAUUAUUCUCGACACCUGAGACCUUGAUCUUAUCCUCGUAGACCUACUCUUCAUUGACCUGCACUAGAUGCAACCCUCUUACAGUUGCCUCUGCAAUAGGUCUAUAUCUACAGUGAAUUCUGAGAGGAAAUGUUAACAUUGUACAAUCAAUGGCGUCUUAUCAACGUUGGGACACUCUUCAUUGGCUAUGGUCUCUAUAUCUUAAACAGAAAGAGUUUUGUUUUUCUCCUGCCAGAGAUUAUUGAAGAUGAGCAUCUCAAAAAUAAUGAUCUUGGUACCAUUACGAGUAGCUUGACGUUAGCCUACUCAAUCAGUAAGUUUAUAGGAGGAAUCCUAUCUGAUCAAAUCAGUCCUCGUGUCAUGUUUCCCUUGGGGCUGUUUGCUACUGGUGCUCUCUCACUUCAGUUCUCGGUAUCAACCUCAGUCCAGAGCUUUAUCCUGGUCUCUUUCCUCAUGGGUCUUGCACAAGGCGUGGGCUGGCCAGCGGUAGCUAAAGUCUUGAAACAGUGGUAUCCCCAAUCUGAGAUAGGCCUUUGGUGGAGUCUGAUAUCUGCUGCUGCUAACGUAGCUGGUACGUUAGGUCCACUAGGUCUCGCAUUGCUGGCUAUCAACUUUGGAUGGAGAGGUGCCAUGCAGUUUUGUGCUGGUGGUGCUAUCAUUGUAGCUGCGACGGCAGGUUUUAUGAUACGCAGCUCACCUACAGAUGUAGGACUUCCGUCUAUACAAACCUCAAGUGAUCAACCAAAUAAAUCUACAGAUGAUGCAGGAAGAGGAGAUUCAUCCAGUGUUCUGCAGAACCUGUGGGCCAUCCUGUCAAGUCCUGCACUCUGGGUUAUAUCACUACUCUUCCUCAUCAGUAACUUCCUUGUCAAUGGUAUCACAGACUGGGGCCAACUCUUCUUGAUACAAGAGAAAGGUCUUAGUCAUACAACAGGUAGUUCUUUUACCAGUGCGUAUUCCCUUGGUGCUACAGUAGGCAGUAUAACAUCUGGAUACAUCACAGAUAAACUAGUAGCAAAGUAUGGUCGGAGAAGAAGAGGAACAUCCCGGUAUCCAUGGUUACUGCUCAUGGUUGCGUUGAAUCUUCUGUCACUUCAUACCCUUAGAAACUACAUAGAUAGAGAAGCAUACCAGGAGCUCAUUCUAUUGGUUGGUCUAUGUUUAGGUAUAGCCCAGAAGAGCUGUGUAGUGUUGUUUGGGAUCUUGGCUGUGGAGAACUCUCCUAUUCACCUAUCCGGGACGGUCCAUGCCUUCGCAGCUUUAGCUUCAAGUGUUGGCGGUGUAUUAGCUGGGCUACCUCUGACUUACAUCUCACAGCAUUACACCUGGUCACAUGCUCUCUAUUGCAUGGAGUCAGCCUCAUUUCUCAGCCUUGUCGUCAUGCUUCUUAUACGUAGGAUGAACAUGAGAAUUGGUUACCAGUCUCAUCAAAAGACAGACUAAACUUCUUUUCAUAACGUAACCUAGCCAUCCUACCGCUGCAUUUGAUUGGCUCAAUAGGAACCUAUACGUCAUGCGCUUGUCAUAAACAUUCAUGAUGUGCACGCACGCAGAAUCUGAUGCGAUAAUUUAUCAAAUAUGAGACAUUGCGACAAAAUCGGGUCGUAACUUGUCUAUAUUCAUUGUGACAUACUGGUUAGUCCAGAAUUUGGCCGAUUUAAUUUUGAUCGCUACCAAAGCAAAUAUUCAUAUAUUGAAAUAUUGAUAUGCAGCACUAGGAUGGCUAGGAUACAUUUUAAAAAGACGCCGACCUGGGACCCGUUUCUCAAAGCCUUUUUUCAAUGACAAAUGACAAAAAUCAGUGAAAAAUCUGCUGAUAACCAAUCCGAAGCAAGGAUUUCACUAGCUUAUAACAGAAACUGUAAUUUGUCACUGAUGACAAUUUUUGUGAAAUGGGGCCCUGAUGGAAGUCAAAGAAAGACAGGGAGAAGUAAACACAAUCAGAGGCUUAAUUCCAUCUUUUCCUCACGUUUAGUUCCCCAUGCAAGUGAGAGCCUUAUUCUUUACUGGAAACAUUGGUAUCAUACUAAUUAUGCUUUUCUAUAUCUUUAUUUUUUAUACGCGUUUGAUGUUUCUCAUGUUACAGUCAUGCAAAUCGACAGAUUGAAAGUUGAAAAAAAAUUGUGAUUUAUUUGCAAGAAAUGACAAUUAUUAUGUCCGUCUCAGCCUACUUCCAAUAUAAUGCUAAUCUUGAGCUCUGGUAUGCAGGCGCGUACACAGCGGUGGGGGGGGGGGGGGUUAUUGAACCCCCCCUCCCCCCCUCAAUUUUUAUUAUGAGUUUGGUUUUUGAUGAACCCUUCCCCCUCCAUCCCUCAUAUUUGUUUUUAAUGAUAACAAAUAAUGUGACCUUACCCCCCCCCCCCCCCCUCCCCUAACUGAACGUAAUAUCGGUCUGAAAUUUGCAUGCAAGUGAAGUAUAGAAUACUAUGGUAAUUUCAAUUUUUCGAAAAAUUCAGUCAUUUGCAUAUUUAUGCAAUCAAGUAUUUUGACCCCAAAAACAAACACCUAAACUAAUCCCCGCCCCCCGGGGGCUAUAUAAGGUUAAAGCCAAAUCUCUCGCAUAUGGCCAUGCUCUAGAACAGUUUGAUCGGGAAUAAAAGCACCCCCUUUUGUCCCUUGAAGAUGUAUCCUAUACAUGCAUGUAUUCCUUCUUUCUGUUUGUUUGGUGGGGGGGGGGGUGCUCCCCAUCCCUGUCUGUAACAAAACAAGAAAAGCAACUAUGUGUUAGUUGCAACAUCAUGUCUUUGUGAGAAGCAAAUGUUACGAUGAUCAGGCAGUGCAAUUAUAAGUAGAGAUUUUAAAUCAAUCUUGUUAUUUGGGGAAAUAAUGCAAUAUAUUGUAGCAUACUCGGUCCAGUAUUAAGUAAGACGUAAAGGGUGUUAUAGUUGAUUGUGAAAUAUGUACAAGUACAUCAUGAGAUGUCAGUCAGUCAGCGUUGAGCUGUCGUACAUCAUGAGAUGUCAGUCAGUCAGCGUUGAGCUGUCGUUGCGACAGGUACGUUACAAGGAACGAGAUAAAUUUUCUUGAACUGCA